AUGCGGGCCCAGCAGGAGGACCGCGAGCUGGUCCGGAGCUUGCUGGACCGGGAGGCUCGGACGGGGACGGCCUCCCCCAGCGCCCCGCCCCCUCACAUGCCACUCCCCAAGAUGGGACCCACUGACGACCCGGAGGCUUUCCUUGACUUGUUCGAGCGGACUGCGGAGGCGUGUGGGUGGCCGGUGGACAGCUGGCCCGUACGGGUGAUCCCUCUGCUGUCGGGGGAGGCCCAGAAGGCGGCCCAACAACUACCCGUCCCGAACCUCCUGGUCUACGCCGACCUCAGACGAGCCAUCCUCCAGAGGGUGGGCCUCAGCCCAGAACAACAUCGCCAGCGCUUCCGGUCACUGGAGCUGGCCGAGGCGGGCCGACCCUUUGUGUUGGCGCAGCAGCUCCGGGACUCGUGCCGCAAAUGGCUGUUGGCCGGGGACGGCGAUGCCGAAUCCAUCAUCAACGCGGUGGUACUGGAGCAGUUCAUCUCCCGCCUUCCAAAGAAGUCCGCCCAGUGGGUCCAGUGCCACCGCCCGGCGUCGCUGGAUCUGGCCAUCCAACUGGCGGAGGAUCAGCUGGCGGCGUGCUCCGGGGUCGGCGAGCCCCUCCCUGCUGUCUCUCUCUCUCUCUCUGUUUCCCCCUCCCCCCCCACUCCGAAAUCUCUCCCUCUCCCUAGGUCCCGUUGGGUGGGGCCAGCGAGGGCUGCGCCCCGCUGGAGGGUGGCGAUGGAGCCUGCGGCCGGGGCCCGAGGUCCCACACGAGGGAUGGCCGCUCCCCAGCGACGGGGGAGUGAAGACACUCCGGCUGCUUCCCCACGUCAAUCCCCUGAGCCACUUCCCGCCACUAGGGCAGCGGGGAGACCCGGGCCAGCCUGCUGGCGUUGCGGGGAUCCGGGCCACUUUGUGGACAGGUGCCCGAUGAUGGAGGUGGGGACACUGGUCCGGAUCCCGGACGACCCGCAGGCUGCCCCCGAUCAAGCCGGGCUGUACCAAAUACCCUGAUUGGCGUGGGGAACUCGCAUUUAAGGAGCGCGACAGCCGGCGGAAGGAGAGAGAGACGGGGACUCGUGAGCGCAGGAAGCUGGAGAGCGAUCGAGCAAACCAGACGCAGUAUCCGUGGCCGAAGUGCUGUUAGAAAGUGCGCGCACCUGCCGCGCUUGUUUGUUUGUUUAUUUGUUUUGUUUUGGUUUUGGA